GCUGUCCUGGACCGGCGAGAGGCCCAUGGAGUCCGGGGCCACAGGCCACAGAGGACAAGGGCCAGGCGCCCCAGCCAUGGCUCUGGGCCAUUGAUCCAUUGCAGGCCGGCCCGGUGGGGGUGGAGAAACCUUGGCCUGGACGAACAGAGCUCCUGAGGCCUGUGUGGGACCGCCACCCACCCGCCACUCCAGGAGGAUGCCCAGGGCCGAGGCCCCCCAGGUCGCUGGCGACCAGGGCGAUGGUGAGGAAGCGGAGCCCGAGGGGAUUUUCAAGACCUCCAAGAGGAAAGCCCGGGACUGCAUGUGCCUAGCACCGCUUUGGCUGACCCUGGUCGUGCUGGCUUCCGUGGGGGUGAUGCUCUGGUAUUUCCUAGGGUACAGAACCGAGGUGACGGUCAGCCAGGUGUACGCCGGCAGCCUCCGGGUGCUCAAUCGUCACUUCUCUGAGGACCUCGCCCGCCGGGAGUCCAGCAUCUUCCGCAGUGAAAGCGCCAAAGCCCAGGGGAUGCUCAGAGAACUCAUCACCAGCACCCGCCUGGGUACUCACUACAACUCCAGCUCGGUCUACGCCUUUGGGGAGGGACCCCUCACCUGCUUCUUCUGGUUCGUCUUGAAAAUCCCGGAGCACCUCCAGCCCACGCUGAGCCCCGAGAUGGUGCGGGUGCUGCUGGUGGAGGAGCUGCUGACCGCGGCCAACGCCUCGGCCCCUGUCUCCUACGUGGCCGAGUACGAGGUGGACCCCGAGGGUCUGGUGAUCCUGGAAGCCAGCGUGACAGACAUAGUCGCUCUGAAUUCCACGCUGGGCUGUUACCGCUACAGCUAUGUGGGCCAGGGCCAGGCCCUGCGGCUGAAGGGCCCCGACUACCUGUCCUCCAGCUGCCUGUGGCACCUGCAGGGCCCCCAGGAGCACAUGCUCAAGGUGCGGCUGGAGUGGACCCUGGCCGAGUGCCGCGACCGCCUGGCCAUGUACGACGCUGCUGGGCCGCUGGAAAAGAGGCUCAUUACCUCGGUCUACGGCUGCAGCCGCCAGGAGCCGGUGCUGGAGGUGCUGGCCUCGGGCGCCGUGGUGGCCGUGGUGUGGAAGAAAGGUUUGCACAGCUACGUGGACCCCUUCGCGCUCUCCGUGCAGCCCGUGGCUUUCCAGGCCUGCAAGGUGAACCUGUCUCUGGAGGACCGGCUGGACGCACAGGGUGCCCUCAGCACACCCUACUUUCCUAGCUACUACUCUCCCAGCACCCACUGCUCCUGGCACCUCACGGUGCCAUCUCUGGACUACGGCUUGGCUCUCUGGUUUGAUGCCUACGCUCUGCGGAGACAGAAGUACGGCCUGCCGUGCACCCAGGGACAGUGGACCAUACAGAACAGGAGGCUGUGUGGCUUGCGCACCCUGCAGCCCUACGCUGAGAGGAUCCCUGUGGUGGCCACGGCCGGCAUCACCAUCAACUUCACGUCGCAGAGCUCCCUGACUGGGCCGGGUGUGCGGGUGCACUACAGUCUGUACAACCAGUCGGACCCCUGCCCUGGUGAGUUCCUCUGCUCCGUGAAUGGACUCUGUGUCCCCGCCUGUGAUGGAAUCAAGGACUGCCCCAACGGCCUGGAUGAGAGAAAUUGCGUCUGCAGAGCCACAUUCCAGUGCCAAGAGGACAGCACGUGCAUCUCCAUGUCCCGCGUCUGUGACCGGAAGCCCGACUGUCUCAACAGCAGUGAUGAGGCGCAGUGCCAAGAAGCAGUGCCUUGUGGGACCUUCACCUUCCAGUGUGAGGACCGCAGCUGUGUGCGGAAGCCCAACCCGCAGUGUGACGGGCACCUGGACUGCAGGGACGGCUCAGACGAGCGCCACUGUGACUGUGGCCUCCAGGGCCCCUCCAGCCGCAUCGUGGGUGGGGCCGUGUCCUCCGAGGGCGAGUGGCCAUGGCAGGCCAGCCUGCAGGUUCGGGGCCGGCAUAUCUGUGGGGGCGCCCUCAUCGCGGACCGCUGGGUGAUCACAGCUGCCCACUGCUUCCAGGAGGACAGCAUGGCCAGCCCGGCGCUGUGGACCGUGUUCCUGGGCAAGGUGCGGCAGAACGCCCGCUGGGCCGGCGAGGUGUCUUUCAAGGUGAGCCGCCUGCUCCUGCACCCCUACCACGAGGAGGACAGCCACGACUACGACGUGGCCCUGCUGCAGCUCGACCACCCGGUGGUGCGCUCGGCCACCGUGCGCCCCGUCUGCCUGCCUGCGCGCUCCCACUUCUUCGAGCCCGGACAGUACUGCUGGAUCACGGGCUGGGGCGCCCAGCGAGAGGGCGGCCCCACCAGCAACGUCCUGCAGAAAGUAGACGUGCGGCUGGUCGCGCAGGACCUGUGCAACGAGGCCUACCACUAUCAGGUGACCCCACGCAUGCUGUGUGCCGGCUACCGCAAGGGCAAGAAGGAUGCAUGCCAGGGUGACUCUGGGGGCCCACUGGUGUGCAGGGAGCCCAGCGGCCGCUGGUUCCUGGCAGGACUGGUCAGCUGGGGCCUGGGCUGUGGCCGGCCCAACUACUUCGGUGUCUACACGCGCAUCACAGGCGUGAUCGGCUGGAUCCAGCAGGCGCUGACCUGAGGUGCUGUGAGCCUGGGGCACCUCCAGGACAGAGAGCGCAUAGGGCGCCACCAGGCAGGGGGACAAGUAUUCUGAGGGCAAGUGGCCCUGCGGAGGCAGGAGGCAGCAUCCUGUCCCCUCCAUGUCCCAGGGCUGCACGAGGAGCCGGAGGGCCAUCAGCCUGUGGUCAGGACCUCCAAGGAGCCCAGGUCCAAGAGGCCAGGCUGGUGGGGUCACACCCUGCCCCAUCACCUCCCAAGCCAUCUCCUUGGUCUCCCCUUUCUUCUCGCUUCACACCAUCUCGGGGGUCCUCUGUGGGGUGGUGCAGCUCUCUGUCCGGGAGAGGCAGCACACCCUCCUCCAGGCAGAGCCCGCAUGCGUAGCCCUGGCCCCGUAGCAGCUUCCAGCCUCUGCCCCAUCCUGGGGAGUGGGAGGUGCUCCUGCCAGAGGGGACCCUUGGGCCCCGGAGAUGCCAAGUGGGCAGCUGCUACCAUAAGCCAAAGGGUGGGGGGCCUCAUCUGGAGGGCCCCACCCACCUCUGCUGCCAGUCAACAAGGGCAGCUCACUCGGAAUAAAGCGCCUGACCCAUGA